AUGAGUAAUAAACACAAAAAGCACAACGACGAGGAAAUUGCAUAGGAUAUAAAGUCAUAGCUUGUAGAAGCUUCUAUAAAUAAUUUGUUUGGCGGAGAGCAAAAACCUAAAGAACAAAAAGUUGGAUGCUGCCCUGUUUUAACAGUUUCAUUUUGGAGUAGAUAUUUCAAUGUAACAUAAAGUGAUGUUGGCUAAAGAAUUAAAUCUUCUCUUUUCUUAACACCUCCUUUUGAAGAAGUCAUGGGAGGAUAGCCUGAUUUAUAUGGACCAUUCUGGAUAUUUACAACUAUUAUAGCUUUGGUUUCAAUCAGUGCUAAUAUUUGCGAUUAUCUUAAUAACAUAGGAAAUGAUUCAAAGUUUAAAUAUAGAUAUGAUUUCGUUCCAGUUGCUGGCUCUUUAAUUUAUGGAGUUGGACUCAUUUGUCCUACUUUAUUAUGGGUAAUUGUGAAGCUUUUGUUUAAAGUUAAGAUUAAACUUAUUCAAACAAUUUGUUUAUACGGUUAUUCUUAAACAUGCUUUAUAUUGAUUAGCGUUCUUUCAAUAAUACCUAAUAAUAUUGUUCAUUGGUGUCUCCUUGGAUAUGGAUUUGGUAUGUCAACCAUUUUCUUCUUCAGAAAUCUUAAGAAAGAAAUGGAUGAAUUAGAGGCUAACUAAAGAUACGUUGUUUUUGGUCUUGUGUUAGGUUGCUAGUUAAUUCUUUGUUUAAUGUUUAGAUUUUAUUUCUUCAAGCUUACAACUCUCAAAAGUUGA